AUGGCUUCUACAAUUCGCCCCUCACUUUCUUCCUUCAUGUUACCCUCUCUCCCUUCUUGCAACCCUUCUCAAAAGCUCUCUCUUUUGCAUCUUGGUAGCGGUAAGCCAAACUCAUAUAAUUUUGGCUUGAAAGCAUCAAGGUUGUUGAGACACGAUGAUGGUAACUGCAUGGGAGUGAUGGCAUGUGGGAAUCUGUCCCCAGCUGCUACACAGGAAAAUGUACUAGAUUGGGUCAAACAUGACAAGAGAAGAAUGCUUCAUGUUGUGUAUCGUGUUGGGGAUUUGGACAAGUCCAUAAAAUUUUAUACAGAGUGCCUGGGAAUGAAGUUGCUUAGAAGACGUGACAUGCCAGAGCAGAGAUAUACCAAUGUGUUUCUUGGAUAUGGACCUGAGGAUGCACACUUUGUUAUUGAACUGACAUACAAUUAUGGGAUUGACUACUAUGACAUUGGAACUGGAUUUGGCCAUUUCGGUCUUGCUAUUGAUGAUAUUACAAGAAUAGUGGAACUUGUCAGACUUAAGGGUGGCAAAAUUAUUAGAGAGCCAGGUCCUGUCAAGGGAGGCAGCUCAAUAAUUGCAUUUAUUGAAGAUCCUGAUGGUUAUAAAUUUGAACUAAUAGAAAAAGCUCCCUCUCCUGAGCCUUUGUGCCAAGUCAUGCUUCGGGUGGGUGAUCUUGAUCGUUCAAUUAAAUUUUAUGAGAAGGCCUUCGGUAUGGAGCUACUUCGAACAAUAGAUAAUCCAGAAUAUAAGUAUGCCAUAGCAAUGAUGGGUUAUGGUCCUGAAGAAAAAAAUACAGUUCUGGAGCUGACUUACAAUUAUGGUGUCACUGAAUAUGACAACGGAGAUGCUUAUGCUCAGAUUGCAAUAGGUACAGAUGACGUGUACAAAACUGCAGAAGCAAUCAAACUAGCUGGAGGGAAGAUUACUCGCGAAGCUGGACUAGUACCUGGUUUCAGGACAAAGAUAGCAUCAUGUGUGGAUCCUGAUGGUUGGAAAACUGUUUUUGUAGAUAACAUUGACUUUUGUAGGGAGGUGGAGUAGCUUUUUGAGUCAUCAUGGCAAUUUUGUUGGAAUUCAUAUCAAA